GACCUUUUCCCUUGGCAACCACUUCCUCCGAGCAUCCACGGCCAUCUUUCUUUUCAAGUCGUUCAUGAAAAGUUGGUCCGCUCAUGUAAACACGCCGAGCGACACAUUUGCGCACAACGCAGCAUCGACGGCGCUGCGUGCGCGUGUAGUUUCCAGCGACGCGCUCCAAAAUGAGCCGAGCAGCACCGCAGCAGGCCGUCCGCUGAGAUUAAGUAAACACCGAAAGCGAUGAGAAAGAAGCAGCCUGCCAAACAGAGGAAGACUGAGGACACUCCAGUUGUACAGGAGUUUGUGGUAGAAACAAUAAUUCGCCGCAGAAUCUUUAACGGGAGAGUGGAGUACUUCCUGAAGUGGAAAGGUUUCACUGAUGCAGAGAACACAUGGGAACCUGAGGACAAUGUGGACUGCCCUGAACUCAUCCAAGAGUUCCUGAGAAACACUCAUUUCUUUGAGGGGAAUGAGGAAGAUCAAACCGAACAAGAGUUAUUUCCGAAAGAAGAAAUGACGGAGCAGGAGACGGAAAUUUCCUGCAUGCAGUCUCAGCAGCAGGCUCUCACCGUGCAGAGCAACACGGAGCCAAAUGACACGCAGGAACACCCCCCCACCGGCCUGAGCACUUACCUCGAGCCUGAAUGCAUCAUCGGCUCCGCAGACAGACAGGGAGAGCUUAUGUUCCUCGUCAAAUGGAAGAACUCCGACGAUGUGGCCUUGCUGCCGGCCCGCGAAGCCAGCGCCAGGUGUCCCCAGGUGGUCAUCGACUUCUAUGAGCAGAAGCUGAGCUGGCACUGCGGAGACGAGGAGCAGUGAAACGUGCGCGUGGGUUGUGUACGGCGGCGAACUGAUAAACAGCUGUGCUGUCGCCUGAAGCUUCGUGUAACCUCCAUCGAGUGUCCUCCUUCAGCCGACUUUGGAGGCACACGGCGUGAAAUUGCGCAGCGGGUAGAAUCCCAGAUUCUGGCAGGUGCGAGAUCCUCGGCGGGAUGGGCUUUAAGUGCUCUCGACCCCGCGGGGCUCGCCGAGGCCCGUGUGCCUUUAGUGGAGACGACUGCGACGGGGACUACAACUCAGCUUUGUGUAGAGCAGCCGAUUUGAGAUCCGACUAACCUGGAGCAGCUUACGUGUAAGCAGACUUGAUCGCUGUGGAUGUGCGUUGUGUUUUUGUUGCCGUUUAGUAUUUGAAGUCCUGUUUAGUCACAUCUUGGUUGUUUGGUGUGUGCUUUAUAUAUUUGAAUAUAACUGCUGUCCAAUCCCUUCCUCCGUGUAGCUCUUAGUCGGAGCUGAAGGCCUGUUGUUCUAAUGUUUGUUUUGUGUCUCUUUAUGACCCGUGUGGUUGAUGUGGAAUAUUGAGGAAAAAAAUUGCCCACCAGAAAUGUCCCGUGUCUUUAUAAUCAGCUGUUAAGUACCAAAUAUUAUCUUCUACUCUGUAUCGACUUAUAACGAGAAUAUUGUCGACUUUUUUAAGAAAUGUUAUCUGGUGCGUACACAAAGUCCUGAAGCAAUUAAUUACAUUUUCUGAAAAGAUAAAUCAAUUGAGAUUAAAACAAAAAACUGGUGUGCACCUGUCAUGGCUAAUCCGUUGCUGAAUGUAGCACUUUAGACAUGAGACUGUCCAAAGAGCAUCGUCUUACAGUAGUUCUCCAGGUCCUGUAUGUUGACGUCACUGUCCUGACUCCACAUAUCUCCCCUGACUGUUAUGGGACACUCAGCUGACCCGUAAACCUCCUAAAAACACACCUGCUACUGAAUACCUGUAACUGUUGACCAUAGAUCUUUGAACUCUCUGUGAAUAAAGGAAACUUUUCUCCUGUUUAUUUUGUACGGUCA